ACUCGUCCAUGUUGUGGUGUUUCUUGGUCCGCCAGGCCUCAGCAGUGACAGCGGUUUAGGCAGCACCGACGGAAGCACCGACUUUCUGGUGAUGGGGCCAAUGGUGGACAGCGUGACGGAAGAAGAAUGUGAGGCAUCCGAAGCCUCGAGCGGCGAGGCCGAUCAUGACACGUCGGACCCGGGGGACAGCGGGCACCUCCACCCCGGGGCGCUCCUGUACAGAGCAGCCAGAGCUCGCAACAUCACCGUCAUGGCCGAAGCGCUGGCGCACGGCGCCGACGUCAACAUGGUUAAUCAGGAGGACCAAGAGAAGACGCCCCUCAUCCAGGCUGUGAUUGGGGGUUCCUUGCUGGCCUGCGAGUUCCUGCUCCAAAACGCCGCUGAUGUCAAUCAAAGAGAUGCGAGAGGGCGGGGCCCCCUGCAUCACGCCACCUAUCUGGGCCACACAGGGCAGGUGUGUUUAUUCCUAAAACGAGGCGCCGCCCAGAACGACGGCGAUGAGGAUGGCCACGACCCGUUGAGCAUUGCGGUGCAGCAAGCCAAUGCUGACAUCGUCACACUGUUGCGUCUGGCCAGGAUGAACGAGGAGAUGCGCGAGUCGGAAGGAGGCUUCGCCCAAGCAGGAGACGCCACGUACCUGGACAUCUUCCGAGAAUUCUCACACAUGGCGUCCCACAAUCCCGAGAAGCUGAAGAGGAGGAGCGUGCACUUCAGGCACUCCUUCAGGUAGCCAAGCCAGGGGACCACCGAUCUA